AAAAGGCUCCAGAGAUUCAAAACCUCCCAAAACCCUCGCCCCCGCCGCCGUCGCCGUCGCCGCCAUGGACCGGCCCCCUCCGCGCGGCGCGCCCUGCGACGCCGUGGGCCAGCGGUGGCUCGCCGUCUUCGCCUUCCAGGCCGUCCUCUCAGCCGCGGCCUCCGCGCUCCACCUCGCGGCGUCCCCGCGCGGCCGCCGCCACCCGCUACUCGGAGUCCCCGCCGGCCUCCUCCUCGCGCUCCACCCGCUCCUCGCCUGCGCCGCCACGGGGCUCCUCGCGCUGGCGCUCCGCCUCACCGUAUCCCCGCGCCCGCGCCCGCCCCCGCUGCAGCGCCGCGCGCUCGCGACCGCCCUCCUCGCCGCCGCCGGCGCGCUCUCCGUGGGCGCCGCCGCGACGAUUCUCCCCGAGGACGCCGGGUGGGCGGCGGUCGCUGGGCUCGGGUUCCGCGGGGUCGUGCUGGGUGCCGUCUUCGCCGCGCACUACUUUGGCCGUGGGAGGUGGUUGCUCCAGUUCCCCAUCGUGCAGCGACCUCUAUUCUAUGGAUUGAAGAUGGGGCUUCUGCCAUCUGGAAAAAGGGCCCUGAAAGUGUCGCUUCAGGCCUUCUGCCUUUCCUUUGUCCUAAUUUUACUCCUUCCUCGGGAAUUCAGAAUCGGAGGCUCUAUUGGAAGCCAAAGACUCACUCAGAUCAGCAUUUUUAUAGUCACAGCUGGGGUUUCCUUCUGUUUGGAAAUAAGCCAUCAUUUUGUCCAGGUUGUACAUACAAGGAGGUGCAGUUUUGCUCCACCUCAGAGCACUGCCGUUGCAGAGACUAAUCCCACAGAAUUUAUCCUGGAAACAUUGGAACAAAGUGAUCCACGAUCAUUAAUACAAUAUCUUGCUUACCAAGAUUUGUGUGUGGUAUCUGAGUGUAACGUGGAACCUUGGCGCCGAGGUGCCUUCUUUGAGGAAUCUGGUGAAACUUAUAAAAGAAUUGUGACAGCUUGUUUGAAGCCACUUGAGGAGUUUACUUCAAUAAUUGCUCAAGCCCUUGGAGAUUAUUCGCCAGAUUCAUUGUCACAACAGUCCAUACUCUUCAGUGCAUUUGAUGAUUCUCAGAUAUGCACAUGGUGUGCUCGGACAUUGGCAGGAUUAACUGCACGCUCACGCCAGGAGGACCGCUAUGGAGUUGCUCAACUCACUGGCUGCAAUGCUGCCGUGAUGACCACAUUACUGUCUGCUCUAUUGGCAAUUGAGGCAUGUUUAGGGAAGAAAAUGAACCCACAGCCCGCAUUGGGUCCAGAAAAUAUUAAGUGGGGUAACUUCUCCACAGUACGAAAAGGAACUGGAAUUGCAAUUGUGAGCACGCAAAAAGGCGGUUUGCACAAGAAAGUUUAUGCCAUGGCUGAUGUUCUUCGGACUUCAGUUUAUCAGAUAGUUUCAGCCUUCAUUGAUGACCUGCGAGCAAAUGCAAAACCAGCAAGUUUGGAGAAGAAUUGGAUCAGUGAAGGGAGGAAGCCAGUAUAUGGUUCACAGGCUGUGUUGGUUCAGAAGUUGAGUUUGUUUAUCGAGUACCGGGCUGUCUGAACUUGGUUCGAUGUCUCUCAGAUCAUUAACUGCACUUGGAUGGAAGUUUGUUUUUUUCGAACUUGGUUCAACUUGGUUCGAAGGCCAUUGCUUUGCACUAGAACCAAUGAAGGAGAUGGAUCCCAUUCACAAUUUUUCGGAGGGGAUAUGGACCUUGACUUGUGUAUUCCUGUGGGCUGCUCUGCAUAACUCACUUCAGCAGGUUCACUGUACUGAUGCACCGUGGAAGGCGCCCUCUUGGGGUUUGGGGAAACUAUAAUGCGCUCAAUCCGUGUUUCUAUGUUGAAAUGUUGAAUUGUAUCCUUGCAGACUAAAGUUGAAGACAGCUGUGUGUUGUAUCAUGCAUGGGAGAGGGAAACGGGUAGACUUAGUGUUUUUUGUUCGCUUAUCAAGAUUUGUGACGCUGAAACUGAACUUCACUUUCAAACGAUAGCAAAAUUCAGAAUGCUUUCCUUUAAUUUGUGGAAUCUGUACUGUCAGCUUUCUGUGUUU